UUGUGUGAGGUUUAAACCUUCACCCCAUCCAGAAAAGCAAAAGCAGCACGACUCCUCAUCGUCUCCUCUCCUUCAUCCAAACCCAAUAAAAAAUAAGCCCUUGAAACCAACAAAACAAGAAAUAGAGAAGUAACCCCUCAAGCAAUCGCUGCUCCAAAAUCCCUUUUCUUGUUUCCUCUCCUUGCGUCAAUUUGAGCUCACCUCAACUCUCCCCUUAAAAAUGGCCAUUCGAACCCCCCUCUCUCACCCUAACCCCAAAUCUCUCCUCUCCCCAAAACCCAAAUCCCCCAUAAAAAUCCCAUCUUUCCUAGUUCUCCCGAGCGCUAGGGUUCCGAUGAGGAGGACGGCGAUGGUGGUGUCGGCGGCGACGACGGAGGAGAUGCCGAAGAAGAAGAGGUACCCAGGGGAGUCCAAAGGGUUUGUGGAGGAGAUGAGGUUCGUUGCAAUGAAGCUGCACACUAAAGAUCAGGCUAAGGAAGGAGAGAAGGAGUCGAACUCUGCUCCGAUCGCGAAGUGGGAGCCGACGAUCGAAGGGUAUCUGAGGUUUCUGGUGGAUAGUAAGGUUGUUUAUGAUAAGCUUGAGAGUAUUGUUGAUAAGGCCAGCUGCCCUUGGUAUGCUGAAUUCAGGAAUACGGGUUUGGAAAGAUCUGAAAAAUUGGCAAAGGACUUGGAGUGGUUCAAGGCACAAGGACAUGCCAUUCCUGAACCAUCAUCUCCUGGGGUCUCCUAUGCUCAUCAUUUGGAAGAGCUAUCCGAAAAGGAUCCUCAAGCAUUCAUCUGUCACUUCUACAACGUAUAUUUUGCACAUUCAGCUGGGGGCCGAAUGAUUGGUAAAAAGGUGGCGGAGAAAAUUCUUGACAAGAAGGAGCUUGAGUUCUACAAGUGGGAUGGGGAACUUUCUCAGCUGUUGCAGAAUGUCAGAGAGAAGCUCAACCAAGUAGCUAAUAGCUGGUCGAGAGAGGAGAAGAAUCAUUGCUUGGAGGAGACAGAGAAAUCUUUCAAGUAUUCUGGGGAAAUCCUCCGUUUAAUCUUGUCAUGAUUGACAAAAUGUGUAUGUGAUACAGGAACCUUGUCAACUGUAAAUUCAUACUGCAGUAUCCUGCAGUUAAGAAAACUCUAGUCUGUAUUCUCUUUUCCUUCGCCGAAAUUAGCCUCAAAUCGAAACAAAAACUUUUGUUGCUGGUUUUGUAACAUGACUACUAUGAAGGAAAAGAAAUGACUACUGUUCCUUGUUUAUGGUAUGAUAAUUGGUGGUUCAUGUUGA